AUGCGAUCGCGAGUCGAAGUGAUACGCAGUGAUCGCCGGAUCGCCCACCCUAUCGCUACUUAUGCAUGGCUUACCGCAGCAUUUGCGUGGCUGAUCGUUGCAUUUGCAUGGAUUACCACGAUCGUGUCCCGCGUCCUCCCACUAUUUGCGCUGCAGGACGAGUCCGAGCUGGUGUAUCUCUCGGGGGACCGGGAGAAGUCGCUUCCUCUCUCCGCAGUCAGCACGAUCGCGUGGGGCCAGAAGACAGCCAUAUUCCACCGGCACCUAAGGCCCGACAAGGAGAACCAGUCCUUCUCCAUCAUCUUCUGCAACGGGGAACGAACCAUCGACGUCAUCUGCAAGGACACGGACGAGGCGGAGAUGUGGUUCGUGGGGCUUGGAGCGCUCGUGGAGAAGCAGCGCCGUACACAGUCGGAACGGUUGGGCAGGCAGGCGGUGGUGGUGGCGGAGAGAGGCACGCAAGACUGGUCACCCAACUCCUCGCCCUUCUUUUCUGUGGACCGUAAGCCCCAGGCAGGCGGGUCCGCGACUGCCAGUCCGCCGGACAGGCUGAGCCCAGACGUGGCCCCCAUGCCCGCGUCCAAGUCCGCUCAGGACAUUUCAACGUACCCAGCAGCAGAUGACCGCUCCAGUGAUGGUGAUGAUGCCUCAGACACCGCCUCUCUCAGUGGCUUCUCUGUGCUAUCUGUGAACCACGCGUCCGCCGCCAAUGCACAGUCGAUUCUGGGGGUGAAUAGUAACGGUGGUGGUGGGGCUGGAGGGGUUGGGAGCGGUGGGGGUGGUGGUGGGGGUGCCAGUGGUAGUGUGACUAUAGCGGGGGCGGCUGGGCCCGGGACGAGUUCUGUCCCUUCCACCACGUCCUCAUCUUCCUCCUCCUGGUGGGACAAAUCCUCUGCUUCCAGUAGAACGGAGUCUGGAGCUGUUGCGCAGGGUAAACCACCCUCGGGAAUGUGGGCCGAUGCUGCUGCAGUGACAAGUCACCCGAGCACAACCAGCAGCGCAGGGGAGGACGCGGGGGGAGAGGCUCUAGGAGAUCUGUUCAUGUGGGGGGAGGGGCUUGGGGAAGGCGCGCUCGGGGGAGGCGGGAUGAGAAAGAAGGGCGGGCAGAGGAUGGUGAUGGGGGCGGAAUACGACAGUGUGGCGCCGAAAGCGCUGGAAUCCGGGGUGGUGCUGGAUAUAUGCAGGGUGGCGUGCGCGGAGGAGCAUGCAGCGCUGGUGACGCGGCAGGGGGAGGUGCUGUGCUGGGGGGAGGAGUCCGGGGGGAGGCUGGGGCAGGGCGUGGAGAAGGACGUGGAGCAUCCGCAGCUGGUGGAGGCGCUGGGGGGCCUGCGCGUGGAUCAGGUGAGGAGUGGGGUGAGGCGUCUGGCAAGCGCACGUGAGAAUAAGGUUGCGUGCAAGAGAGGGCAAGGGCAGUCUGGACUUCACGUGUGCCCUCACGCGCUGGGGCGAUGUGUACAUAUGGGGGAACGGGCGCAGGUGCCAGGGGCUGCUGGGGUCAGGCGGGUGGCGUGUGGCACGCACUUCACUUGCGCCCUCACGCGAGGGGGCGACGUGUACAUAUGGGGGGACGGGCGCAGGUGCCAGGGGCUGCUUGGAUCAGGGGGUUAUGGGGACAUGCCGCAGUGGGUGCCGCGCAGGUUGGGCGGCCCUCUGGACGGGGUGCAUGUGGUGCAGGUCGCAUGUGGGCCCUGGCAUGUGGCCGUGGUGGCGGGUGGAGGGGAGGUGUUCACGUUUGGCGAUGGCACGUUUGGCGCUCUGGGCCAUGGCGACUGCGAGGUUGUCCCAGUGCCCAGGCAAGUGCAGGCGCUACAGGGCUACCGAACCCUCAGAGUUGCAUGCGGAGUGUGGCACACUGCAGCAGUAGUGGACACAUGCCCGUCAGGCGAUGGCAGUGGUGGGGGCAACAGCAGCAGCAGUGGCAUGGGGGGCUGUGGGCAGGUGUUCACAUGGGGUGAUGGGGACGGGUACAAGCUGGGCCAUGGGGACAAGCAGCAGCAGCUGCUACCAACUCUGGUCAACGCCCUGCGCCAGGAGAGCUGCUCUCAGGUGGCGUGCGGGGAGAGUGUGACAGUGGCGGUGACAGCAGAAGGGCAGGUGUACACGUGGGGCAGUGCGGAGUAUGGCCAGCUGGGGAACCCUCAAGCUGAUGGCAAGCUGCCAGGCUGUCUGUGCUUCUGUCUCGACUCCCACCAAUGCAUUCUCCAUGUGGACCUCUCUUUUCUCCCUGUGUCCAUCCUCCCCCGUCUCUUCUCCAGCGCGAGUGGCCGGCCCAUUGCAGCAAAAGCAGGUGGAGCAGGUGUCAUGUGGGGCACACCACAUGGCAGCGCUCACCACCACAGCGCACCUUUUCACGUGGGGCAGGGGCGCCAACAGUCUCCGAGUCAACUCAAACCCCAACUCCUUUUCCCCCCAUUCUCCCUUGCAGCUAGAGUGGCCGGCCCAUUGCUGCAGAAGCAGGUGGAGCAGGUGGCGUGUGGGGCGCACCACGUGGCAGCACUCACCACCACAGCGCAUCUGUUCACGUGGGGCAGGGGCGCCAAUGGGCGUCUGGGCCACGGGGACGUGAAGGAUAGGGACGUGCCCACCGCUGUCACUGCCCUCAAAGACAGACGCGUUCUGCUGGUCUCCUGUGGGGCGGCCAGCACAGCCGUGGUGUGUCAGCACAAGCCCUUCUCAGGCGCCGACAACUACCAGUGCAACCAGUGCCGCCAGCCCUUCACCUUCGCGCGCCCCCGCCACAGCUGCUACAACUGCGGCCAACCCGUGUGCCACGCCUGUAGCAGCCGCAAGCUGCUCGGAGCAGCCAUGGCCCCAUCCUCCUCCCGCCCCUACCGAGUAUGCGACUCCUGCCAUGCCAAGAUGGUCAAAGCUGCUGCUGCCGCUGCUGCUGGGGCUGCUGUGGGGGGUGCUGUGGGGGCUGCGGCAGCAGCUGGUAGUGGUUUGGUUCACGGUUCUGUUUCUGCCUCCCUCCCCGCUCUCCCUGCUGCUACCCAUGCCCACUCCGCCUCUCCUCCCCUCCGCACCAGCGCUUCACCUCCCGCCAAACCUGACGACUCCCAUCUCCGAACCAGCCGGUCGCUCCGAACCUCGGUCCAAGCCCCAGGGAAGAGGUCAACCAGCCCAAUGCUCCGGCGGUCGAUGGGCACGAGCCCGCUUCGCCGAGCCUCCAGCCCGACCGCGGCUCAGAUAGCUUCGGCAGCCGCUGCAGCCAUGGCUGCUGCUAUGGCAGGGCGUAUGCCUGGGCCCACCCCUGCUUCCAUCGCAGCAGCAGCUGCGGCGGCAGGGCAGGUGGGACCAGGGGGCAUUGGAGGAGUGGGGGGGAUGGGGGCUGUGGGGGGCCUGGGAGGCGUUGUGGCGCUGCCUGGGGCAUCAGAGGCGGAGAGGGACACAGCCAUGGCGGGCAUGCGGCAUGCCAAGCAGAACGCAGAGAGGGAGGCAUACCGCCUGCAGGAUGAGGUGGAGGUGCUGCGGCAGCACUGCCAGCUGCUGGAGCUAGAGCGCAGGGCCACCCUGGAGAUGGCUCAAGGGCAGGUGGAGGUGCUGCGGCAGCACUGCCAGCUGCUGGAGCAAGAGCGCAGGGCGACACUGGAGCUGGCCCAGAGGCAAGUCGAGGCAGCAGUGACAGCGGCCAGUGAAGCAGGAGCGAGGGCAGCAGGUGCACGCGACAUCAUCCAAGUGUUGUGCGCUCAGAUGCAGGAGCUGCUGCAGCAGGCGCCGUCCAUCCCUGUCAAGCAAGCCAGUCUGGCGAUCCGAGCCGUUGAUGACUCAGUGCUCUACACUGGUCCUCUGCUCCUGUCGUCGUCCGUGCUGCCCCCGUCCCUUGUUGAGCUGCCACCGCUGCCUGUUUCAGGGAGCGGUGGUGCCGCGCUUGCUGCUGCUCCUGGUGCUUCUGUGGGGAGUGUUGAGGGGUGUAGGGUAAGGGGUGGAGGUACAGCAGCAGGAGCAGCGGCAGCAUCAGGUGUAGGAGCAGCAGAAGCAAGUGCUGCUUCCCAGGCAGCUGGACCAGCAAGUCUCACUGGCAACUCGCGUCCAACCAGAGGCUUCCUCGUGUCCUCCUCUUUGGGUAGCUAUAACAGAGGGGAAGCAAGUGGCAAGGGAUUUCCUGAGCUGGUCCUUGCUGUACCCAGCCACCAGCAGCAGCACCCAUGGCAGGGGAACGCAGGUGGGAGUGAGGUGCGUGAGGGGUGCGGGGUGGAGGCGCAGCAUGAGGGAGGAGUGCCUUGGACCCCUACAGGGGCCUCGUCUGAUAAGAUAUCACCUCGUUCCAAGUGGAUUGGUGGGGGGAGAGCGACAGAGGGAGCAACCGCAGCAAGAGCAGUGGGAGGGAGAGAGGCAGGCUCGUUUUCUGGUGUGGCAGGGGCGGGCGUGGCAAGGGGAGGCUCCAGUGUGGAUGUUAGCGCACGUGAGAGCGUGGGAGUGGGGGGGUCAGUCAGGGGAAGCUCACCCUUUGAGGCUCCAGCACGGUGGACAGAAGCAAGUGCGGAGAGGGGCAGCUCUGGCGCUCAGCUGGAUGGUCUCAGCCUGAGAAAUUCCCAGGGGGGUUAUCUUGGCAGCAGGGGUGGAGGGGCGACGGGUGAGAGGCAGGAGCGGCGGACACUGCCUGUGUUUGAGGCGCCACGGGGCGUGAGCAGCGAGCAGCAGCAGCAGGAGAGCAAGAGUCGCAUGGUGCCGUCGCUGGUGCGGCUGCAUGAGUCGCGGACGCAUCUGCGGCAGCGGGAGACCACUCCUGAGCGCGUUCCUGUAGGUGUCUCUGUGGGAACUCUGCCUCCCAGUGCAGCUGUGCCUCCUCAUGUUCCUGGCCCGAGCAGCAGGAGGAGCCUGCCUGCUGUGCCUGGGCUCAGCAGCAGAAGCAGUGUGGGUGGGAUGAGAGAGAGUCUGGGCGGCGGGAGAGAGAGUUUGGUUCAGGAACGGAAUGGGCGGCCGAGUGAGAAUCUGAUUGGUAGAUUGGGAGGAAUGGCAGGGGAGAGGGACGUUGGUGGGGAAGGGAAGGCUGCGUUAGGUGAGGGUGAUGAGUCAGUUGACGGUGGUGGUGGCAGUGGUGUGAGGGAAGCAGGUUCUACUGACGAGACCAGGCAAGAGCUGAACUUGGGUUCUCAAGGAUGGGAAAACGAAAACGUGGAACCAAGUUUUAGGUAUGCAGCUUUGCAAGAGAACAUGGGGCAGGGUGAGCAAGGGAUUGAUGAGGAGGAGGAGGGAGGGAGAUAUGGGAGUCAAGCAGAUGGCUUGCUGUCUGCAAACCCACACACCGAGCAGGAACUGCAUGGGAGACUGUUGAUCAAUGGCUUGGACAAGACUGGCAUGGCUGGUGCUGGUGGAGCUUCAAGCUCUGCUGAUGCUGCUACAGGGGCUUGUACAAGUGAGGAGCAUCCAGGCGUGUUGACAGAGGAGACAGUUCGGAUGCAUGGUUUGGAUGGCAUUGCUGAGUGUGAGGAGGAGGGUAGAGGGGCGGACUCUGGGGGUGGUGAUGACAGGGAUGGGUCACAGAGUGAAGCUGGGUCGACAAGUUCGAGUAGACGCGGGGAGGGCAAGGGAGGAAGCAGGAAGUCGACGCGCAAGCUGCAUGAGAACGAGUGGGUGGAGCAGCCGGAGCAGGGGGUGUACAUCACGCUCUCUAAGCUGCCUGGCGGUGGAACAGAGUUGAGACGUGUCAGAUUCAGCCGGAAGCGCUUUAUUGAACGGCAAGCGGAAACGUGGUGGGCACAGAACAAGACUCGAGUUAUGGAAAUGUAUACCAUUAAGAGCACUCAUAAGAGAUCAGCAGGAGAGGUUAGCUCAGUGGUAGACAUUUAG